AUGCUUCGGCGACUGGCUACUACCGCUGCCUCUUCGCCUGGGUGCGCACCCGCUCUGCUCGCCACCACAUGGUAUAUUGUCCGACCGGCAUGGGCUUGUGACGCAGAUUUCUGCGAGUACAAUGCCUCACGUAGAGCGAGCGGGUACGUAUUGAUGUCC